AUGGCGGUUCAGUCGCUGUUGGCGCGUCGCGAACGCGGAAAAAAUCCAUAUAGAAUACACCCAUUAAACCAAACAAAACGCCUAAUGCUCCUGCUGACACCGCACAGAAAAGAUGAGUUCGAAUAUUUUUCAAUAUCACUAUGUUCACAAGACAAAUUAAUUAUUGGUGAAGAAACAGGUCAUGCAUGCACACCAAAUACAAAUAAAGUUAUUAUUGAUGAUGUUAUUGGUCGAAUGCAGAAGCGAGCACGAGAAGAAACAAUUCCAAUUCCCAAAAUUUAUUCUGAAGAAAUGGUUAAAGCUAGAGUUGAAAAUCCUGGUAUAGGGACAGGCACAAUAUUUCCAUUACUCGAUAAAAUUGAUGCCAGUCUUUAUCGACGUCGUGCACAAAAUUAUGUAAAAUUGCCAGCAACUCUUGAAGAAAUUAAUUUAAUUGGAACAUGGAGGUUAGAUAAGAAUGGUGGUGAAUUCUUAUUAGUUGAUGAAAAAUACGGUGGUGACUAUUUAAUGAUUUUCGGUUCAGAGUGGAGUAUUCGUUUGUUAUCAUCAUGUUCAAUUUGGCAUUCCGAUGGUACAUUUGAUGUUCAUCCAUUAUUAUUUGCUAAACUGUAUAUUAUAUUUGAUUUUAAUAAUGGAUAUAUGAUUCCAUGUGCUUAUUGUUUAACAACAAAGAAAAAUGAAAUUGCAUAUACUAAAAUUUUGAAUCAUUAG